AUGCAAGGGAUCCAAUCACGGGAGACAACCUGCUGCACGCUUGGCAGCAACCCCGUCCUGGUGCGAAAGCAGAGCACGGGGAAGGAGCAGCUCCUGGCCAAGGACAAGUCCAGCGACCUCGUCCACCGCGACGAGUUCUACCUCCUGCCCGGAGAGGACUCGCUCCAAUUCUCUGUCGACAUGCCCUCGACCACCACCUCGACCACGACCACGACCACCUCGGCCUCGGCCUCGGCCUCAUCAGCCACCUUAACUACUGAGAGCAGCGGAAAGAAGAGGAAAAUGCCAAGCACGUUCGUGGAGGGAGAAGGCGAGGCUGCGACUAAGAACAAAGAAGAAGAGGAGGAGACGACAGGCGCUGCGGCUGCGAAGCCCGCGGCCAAGAAGAAGCCCAAGGUGGAAGAGGAAGCGGAUGAGCGCCAACAACAGAAAAAGAAGGUGGACACGCGGCCCAAGUGCAUGUAUGGCAAGGCCUGCUAUCGCAAGAAUGCGGACCACCUGAAAGCGUUCUCGCACGUUUUCGAUGACGACGGGGUAGAGCAGACACCUGCCACGAAGAAGAAGACAACGAAUCCGGCCGGAGCCACCAAGAAGUGGGAGCCCGAGAAGGAACUCGACGACGACGAAGACGAAGGCAGCAUUCUUCUACCGCCCGAGGACAACAGCAUCGAAGUCAAGAUGCUGACCAAGCACAACGCCUCAACAGAUGGAGAGGCGCGUGUAGUGUCUUCGCGCAUAGGGAGGAUUUCCUAUGCCACGCCGCCCAAGAUGCGCUGGACCUGCGUGGAGGGGACGCUGUUCGUACUCAACGGGGUCGAUGUCAAGCCCUCCGCCAAGAUCGCGUCCUUCGAUAUGGAUUCGACGUUGAUUGUGACCAAGAGUGGGCGAGUCUUCCCGCAGAGCCGUACUGACUGGCAGUGGAUGUACUCCAGCAUUCCCGACGCGUUGCGGAGACUGCACAGGUCGGGUUUCAAGAUCGUCAUCUUCACCAACCAGGGCGGCAUCAAAAAGAGCGAAGCCAAAGCCGACGAGAUCAAGGGCAAGAUAUGGGACCUGUGGGAGGACUUGGGGGUGCCCAUCCAGGCGUUCAUCGCCGGCGGCGGUGACUCCUGGCGCAAGCCGUCCACCGACAUGUGGGACUUCAUGUGCCGCCACUGCAACGGAGGCGUGGCUGUGGACAUGGAGAGCUCGUUCUACUGCGGAGACGCAGCAGGUCGCUCGGCCGAUCCCACGCAGGGCCGGCCAAAGCGCGACUUCAGCUGCGGCGAUCGAAAAUUCGCUGCGAACAUCGGCGUGAACUUCCACACGCCAGAGGCCUAUUUCCUGAAACAGAAAGAGGCCGAGUUUGAAUGGGGUGGGGUCAAUCCCAAGUCCCUCUACCUGGCCGCCCAGAAGCACUCCCUCAUCGAAGGCGUAAAAGGAAAAUCGGUCAAGGUUGCGUCGGAUACGCAGGAACUGGUCGUCUUUGUGGGCUUUCCGGCCAGCGGUAAGAGCACCUUCGCCGAGCGCUACUUCGUGCCCGAGGGCUACGUGCGCGUCAACCAGGACAUGCUCAAGAGCAAGGACAGGUGCCUGCGGGCGUGUGCACAGGCGUUGGACGAAGGCUCGUCGGUGGUGAUCGACAACACGAACCCGUCGCCCGCCGUUCGCGCCGAAUACCUCGCGCUGGCCAAGAAGCGAGGCCUGCCAGCGCGCUGUUUCUAUUUCGCCACCAGCAAGGAUGUGGCCAAGCACCUGAACCACUUCCGCGAGAGGCUGACGGACGGCGAGCGCAGGCACGUUCCGGACAUGGGGUACAACAUCUAUGCCAAGAACUUCAAGGAACCGAAGCCCAGCGAGGGCUUCACGGAGGUGAAGAAGAUCAACUUUGUGCCUCGCUUCGACUCCAAACUAGAGGAACGCCUCUUCCUCCAGUUCACAGCCGACUGA